AUGCGAAGGAACGCGAGCGACAGUUGCUUCGUUCGCCAGCAGCAGCAAAACGUGGAGAACGCGACAUCAGCGACCAAGGGUUCCUGCUCUCGCCUGAUGGGUCGCUGCAGCAGCAACAGCUGCAUUCACGCUAUGAAGAAAAAUGGCUCCAAUCCGUUAUUAUCCGAGGCGGCUUCUACUCCUCGAAGGACCCCGUUAUCAUCACUUACUAUGUUCCUUAGACGAAAGGGUGCCGUACGCCCUUCUGCAGUUGCCGAGCCUGUCUCCGAGCUUACCACCGAGGCUGUUUCAUCCGUAUUCGAUCAGGAGAAGGCGAAGGCCGGAGCGUGCGAUAAAGACAAGGCGAAAGCGUUUCGCGCGGCUAUAUUCCCCGUCGCUGUAAUCGAAACCGACGAGGAGGAAAACGAAGCUUCCGACGACGGGACAUCACUAUCGAAUGUGACUAAAUCGGAAAGCGUGGGUGGUUUUCUCUCUACAAGCACCCCCGAGGACGCGAAGCAACCCGUGACCGCACCAGUCGCAGCUCCAGUCGCAGCACAGCCGUCGAAAUUGACCCCAGCAACCUGCGCGAAGCUUCCACCACCCGCUCCUUCUCCCGGCAAGCAACCCGUCAGUCAGCCAGUCGACAUCAAGCAACAGGCGACGGCCGUCCGAAACCGUCCGAUCUUCCAGCGGCCGGUUCUGGACACAAUCCCAUCCGCACAGGAGCUGGAAGGCGGCGAGUUGCCGUUCUCGCUCUCCCUCACCAACAACUCAAUAACCUCCCCUCCGACUGUUACCACUCCCGGCGGUUCGUCCUUCUCCUCGUUCAUCCUCUCCCUCGUGACGCCACGUGGCAGCCAGAGACCCGCGUCGUCUGCUACCGCUUCGUCCCAAUCCGCCGCGUCGUCCGUGUACUCACUCUCAGAUUCGGAUGAGGAUUCGGAUUCUGAGGAGGAGAGUGAGGGGGACGGGGAGGAUGAGCGCGAGCGAGAGGAGGCGGGGGGAGGUGAAGGGGGAGAGCGGGAUGGGAGCUGGAGCAAGCUCGCGUCUGUUGGCAAGUCCGUGAGUUUCGAAGCGAGGAAGACGGGGGUUCAGAGCGGUGGAGCUGGGUUCUGGAACCGGAAGAGGUGGCUGUCGUUCUCCCCUCGCUCCGCGUCUGCUGCUCGGGCAUGUGCGCGGGUUGUUGCUGCUGCGGACGGUGGUAAUGGCGAUGGUGAUGGUGAUGGUGAUGGUCGUGGCGCCAAGUGUGUCAAGUCCACGCCUUCUUCGUCUUACACGUCUCCUUUGAAGCGUCUUGUGACGAGCCCUGACGCAGCCUCAGAAUCCGGUUCGGCAAGCUCUGCUCCGGCUGGAGGCCCGGGAGGAGGUUUGAAUGCAGGUUCGGGGGGGACAUUUGGUGGUGGUUUGGGAACGGGCGGCAGGAUCAAAUCUGGAGCGAGGAUGGGGAUGCUAUCCCGAAGCAUGUCGGAACGGCUGCCGCCACUCACUCCGCUGGCUACUGUCCUGGACUGUGACAUGCCGCUGACGUGGACUGCCAGCCUGGACCCGGAUUUAUGGGCGGUUCAGGAGCACGGGCCCCAUGGGAGUGGUGGAACGACGGGCGAGAAGUCAUGGCGCCAGGAAAAGGACAAAGACAGCAAGUUGGCGGCACGCCGCCCAUUCAGCAUUGAGUUGCCAGCCAGGAGCGACGUGGCAGUGGAUGCUGUAGUUUCUCCGCCAGCUGUCACCCCGCCAGCUGUCACACCGCGAUUGCCUGAGCUGACGGAGGAGUCGUUUCUUCUGACAGAUGCGACGCGCGCGGCAGUGUUCAAACACCUGCCUGCCACUGUCAGCAGCCGCAAAUGGGUGCUGCUCUACAGCACGGUGAAGCAUGGCAUAUCGCUCCUCACUCUCUACCGCAGGGCCUCCAUGCUUCCCGGCCCCUGCCUCCUCGUGGUAUCAGACAGCGCAGGCACAAUCUUUGGCGCGUUCUCCUCCCCAACCUCGCUCACCCCAUCGGACCGGCGCAAGUACCAGGGCAGCAACCACUGCUUUGUCUUCUCCGACGUCUCCGGCUCCCCCACGGUGCAUGCAGCCACGGGGCGCAACCACUACUACGUGCUGCCCACCCACGACUGCCUCGCGUUCGGUGGCGGUGGACGAUUCGCUCUGCGCCUGGAGGAAGACCUGCUGUCAGGCUCCAGUGGCGAGUGUGACACCUUCGCCAGCCCAUGCCUGGCGGGGAAAGAGGACUUCUGCGUAAAACACGUUGAGCUGUGGGGGUUCGCCCAUUUGUCGCGCUACACGCCCGCCAGAGCAGCAUGGAAGGAGCCUGAGAUGCGCCACAGCUUCCACGCGUAG